AUGGCUUUACGGAGGAAACCCCGGAACGAAUACGUAGAGAAUCAGAGGAUUCUUCAUCAAGAGUAUGCUAAUUCCGCCAUUAAACCAGUUGUGAUUGGAUCUACAGUGGGUCUUAAUCUAUCAGGAGGCAACUCUUAUGGACCCGGAGUUAAAUGUGCUCGUGGCCGGCAAGUGAAAGAUAUUCCAAGUAGCAAUCGUGGCCGUUCGCCGUCUAUGAGAGCAAGACAUCCACCUCAUACUUCUCCCAAUAUCAAGUUUCCGGCGGAGGAUUUCGGGAGUCGCCGCUCUCGAUAUCGUGAUAACGAUUAA